GGUAUGUUGCUAUCUAUUUCAUAAACCUAAUUAGAAAAGUAAUUUUGAAACCUUGUUUUUUAUUUUCAAUUACUAACGUUUUAUAUGAAAUUAAAUGUAUAUGUUUUGUAGCACAAUGAUCUCAAUCAAAAAGAAGAUUUAACUUUAAAAGGUAUGGUGGGUACGAUCAUUAAAGACAAUUUUCCGCGCCUAACACAAUCACAACGAGUAUUAUUUGAAGCUUCGCCAUUUGGAAAAUUCUUAGGAAUGCAUAUCCCACAUGGUGGCCCCUUACUUGUGCAUUUCAUGAUGUUGCAUGAAGUAAUGUCUCAACAAAUGUUUGAAACGGGGAGGUUUCUUUUUGAGAUAGAGAGAAUGCAAUUGGAUUUUGGUGAAAAUGAAUAUAUUCUGAUUUGUGGUUUAAAAGUUGGUCCUUAUGUGGAUUUACUCCAUGACGAAAAAGGUCUCCACAGACGGGACGUUAAAACGGGCAUUCUCACGACAGUAUACAAGCUUGCUGAUGAUAUAGAUGAUUGGAACAGGUAUUACAUUUAAAGAUUAACAAAUUGAAAAUUGCAAGUUUCCAUGGGGUACAUAUUUCUGGACCUAUAUUUCGGGAUUGAUGCGUGGAAUGUUUGAGAAAAAUAGAAAAAUUUAGACUAUUCAAGCAGGCCAAUCCUGAGUCCAAGAAAGUACACAAGUAUACCGUUGCCAGUUUUAUGCUUCUGUUU